UUCCGCGGGCUGAAAAAGAGAAACCCGUAAGUAAAUGCCCUUAACGGAUAUUUAAACUCAACUCAACGAAGCAAACUUUUCGUCAAAAAUCAGUCACAACGCUGGCAACCCUGAUUGUUGUUUUCGUUUUAUCUUCCGUUCCGAGCUCGCUUCGAGAAAUCGCGCUAAAUUCAAUUUUCGCGUUUUUUGGACAAGAUAAAGGUGAUAAAAGUGGUUUAAAGUCGUUUCCCAACUCCCGCCAACGUUCUUUUGGAAAGGAGGGUCGAAAAAGUGUAAGAAACUUGAAGAACCGCAGCGCGAAAGAUCCAUCCAAGAAACUUCGAAGCUGCAGCCGAGAUCCGGGAAACUCAUAAUCACAGCAAGAUCUUCUGCAAUUAAGAUUAUGGGUAGCUCCACGAGCGGCUGCGUUACAAUAUAAUAGACAUAUACCUGCACACAGAAAACCAGGACCAGGACUUGUGGCCUUAGUACCCUCGGAAGUUAGAAUCAAUAGUCGUACUUGGGUAAACAAUUGGCAGAAGGCAAAAUGCUAGAAUCAGGCGCGGUAGUCGGAAAAUUGGAGGAGGAAGCGCUAAAACGGAAAGAGCGUCUCCAGCAACUCAAAAGAAAACAACAAACCGAGAAUGGUGAAUCGCCAGCCACGGAAAAUAGUAUCCCCAAGCCGGUUUUUAGAAACUACCAAUCAGGGAACAUUUCCGAGGCGUCGAUUGGCGAGGAUCGUGCAGGAGCAGUCGAGUCCCAAGUCAGCCAUCAGCUAGAAAUGAUGAAAACUCAGAUCGUUAUUGAAGAAAUCGACAUCGCCAACUUAGCGCCACGGAAACCCGACUGGGAUCUGAAACGAGACGUAACAAAGAAGUUGGAACGGUUGGAGCGAAUCACACAGAAAUCAAUCGCCGAACUCAUCCGCGACCGGCUCAAAUCAGGACAGCAGCAAGACAUUCUGCAAGCUGUGAACUGUGCGUCCCUUAGCACAGCAGAAAGCCAACAACGUUCAAUCGACUAAAAAUACCAUCAAAGCCGAGAAUAGAGUGCAGUUUAUUGGAAACGCCAUAAGAGACCCUCAAUUGUUAAUUACCCUCAAUCGAUACAGCGUACCCCUGAGCAUCCGACAUCUUCACUAGCAUAUCGUUGAUUUCUGGAAGAAGAAAGAAAACAUGAACAUCCGCACCUUGUUGGCUAAAUGAGUGA